CCAGGAAAAAGGUCAAAAAAACUGAGCAAAGGGUGACCGUAUGGCCCACACAACUAGAUGCCUUUCUAUUGGGAUCCACGCGGAUCGACUGGCAGCUAAAAGAGGAGGAGUUAGGCUGACACCUUUAGAGUCGUACUUGUUGACUCACACGACUCGCCGACCUGAUGCUCCAGAAGAUGCCCCGCCCACUUGGAUAUGUCCACAUGCUAAGCAGACAUAUCAUGGGCUAAACAAGGAUUCAUGGCCAGAAUGGGAUCCACUUAUCUGGAAAGAGGUGGUUGGACCUCCUAAAAAGGGUCAGAUGAGAGGGAUGUCUACAUUACAGGAUCCAACAAAGCAUGGCAUCCCUUAGCGACAGUAUGACAUGAGUGAAGCCUCCUCUUCUACCACCAGGAUUUUUACGACACAAGUCCAGCCGUUGCAAUCUGAGCUUACUCAAGUUCGAGAAGAAAUGGUUGAGCGAGUUCAGACAAAGGUGGCUACACAUAUUCAUACAUAGGUGUCACAGAGAGUAUUAGAGAUGGAGGCCAGCUUUGAGAGGAGAUUCCAAGAGCACAUGCGCUUAUUAACCAGCAAUAUUCUAUGAAUGCUACACAACCCCAGACUAGUUGUCCUUCUUCUGUACCACCCCAGACUACUGAUCCUUCUUUUGGAGGGUUUAGACCUGAUCACUUACCACCUCCUACUUAGAGACAUUGAUAUUUUAAACUUAUAUUAUAUAUGUUUGUAUAUAUGUACUGCACAUGUAUAUAUAUGGUGUGUAGGAUAAGAAGUUAGUAAAUAUUUAUUAACUUA